AUGAAGACACUUGUUCUCCUCUCAGCCCUUGUCCUGCUAGCCUUCCAGGUCCAGGCUGAUCCUAUCAAACAGACAGAUGAAGAGACUAAAACUGAGGAGCAGCCAGGGGAAGAGGACCAGGGUGUGUCUGUCUCCUCUGAAGGCCCAGAUGGCUCUGUUCUUCAAGAUUUAGUAUCAAGAAAGGUGGCAUGCCACUGUAGAGAAAAUUCGUGCAAAAGAAAAGAACGUGUUAAUGGGACCUGCCGCAAGGGUUUCUUAACCUACAUAUUCUGCUGCCAUUGA